AUGGGGCCAGGCCUGGGAGAGCAGCUUGGCACCUCCGACACAUCCUCCAGCAGUGCCCCUGGCUCGCCUUCAUCAUUCUGGACACAGGGCCUCCAGAGGCAAGGGCGCAGCCCUGGUCGCCCACGUCCUCGAGGCUCGGCACUGGGCACCCACGCGCCCCACAAGGUCCACUCGGUCCUCGCCCUGGAGGCCUUCAGGUGUCUUAGCUCAGGCCACAUCAGCCGCCUGUGGGAGCAGCUGCAGCAGUUCUGGGCCGACCACUUCUCGCAGCGCUUCUCCCCGCGGCGCCCGCCGCUGCGCCGCAUCUCCUCCAUGUCCACCUUCUACUUGCUAGACCACCGGACGCGCCAGGCCGAGCUGGGCCUCAGCUACGGCGCGCCGCGCACUCGCCUGAGCGACGAGGCCUUUGUGUUCCGCGGCGGCCAGUGGACCACCGAGGGGCAGCCGCGGCGGUCGCGACCGCUGCUGCCCUCACCCAGCAACUCGGGCUGGAAGACUCAGGUGCAGGGGGUCAACAGCCAAUUGUUGCUGGAGGAGAACAACUACCUGAAGCUGCAGCAGGAGCUGCUCAUGGACAUGCUGACUGAGACCACAGCGCGCAUGCACCUGCUGGAGAAGAAGCUCGAUUCCCAGGCCAGCCCGGCGUCUGGGGCGCGCUCCUGGCAGAGGAAGAUGCGCAAACGCGAAGGCGCGAACGCGGUGCUCUUGCUCCAGCCGCGCGCUCUGGAGUCGCGGUGA